AUGGAGGACCACAUGACCAAAAUGUUUUCUUCUGACACCUCCAAUGACCUCACAGAUGGACAUCAAGCAGUCCCAGGUAAAGCACUCGACCAAAGUCUGCUCUGUAAAGUGUGUUCUGAUUCAAGCAGUGGCAAACACUAUGGCAUCUAUGCCUGCAACGGCUGCAGUGGCUUCUUCAAGCGCAGUGUGAGGCGAAGACUCAUCUACAGGUGCCAGGCUGGAACAGGCAGGUGCCCUGUUGACAAGGCACAUCGAAACCAAUGCCAAGCUUGUCGACUGAAGAAGUGUCUCCAGGCUGGCAUGAACAAAGAUGCUGUGCAGAAUGAGCGACAGCCUCGCAGCACAGCACAUGUCAGUCUAGACUCUAUAAGUAUGGACACUAAAAAGGAGCACCUGGCCACCACAAGGGAGCUCACUUCCCCUGCUACCUAUUCAGCAGUCAUCGGCAGACCUCUGCUCACCUCCUCCAACGCCACCUCUGCCACCAUUCAGCCCUGCAGCAACUCUCAUAACUACCACCGCUUUAUGGUCAGCCUGCUGACUGCAGAGACCUGCGCAAAACUGGAGCCAGAGGACGUGGAGGAGAACAUUGACGUGACAACCAAUGACUCAGAGAGAGAUCGGACUCCCUCUGACUGUCGUACGUCCCCGUACACCUCCAACUGUUCAGAGAGUAUCUAUGAGACAUCAGCACGACUCCUCUUCAUGUCCGUCAAGUGGGCAAAAAAUUUGCCAGUCUUUGCUCACCUGCCAUUUCGAGACCAGGUGAUUCUCCUCGAGGAAGCUUGGAGUGAGAUGUUCCUCUUGUGUGCCAUCCAGUGGUCUCUUCCCAUGGACAGCUGUCCUCUUCUGUCUCUGCCAGAUCUGUCUCCCACACAGCAGGCUAAGAUCAGCCUCCCCGCAGCUGACCUGCGCAUCCUGGAGGAGGUCUUUAAUCGCUUUAAGGCCCUGGCUGUUGACCCCACUGAGUUUGCCUGCCUAAAAGCCAUUGUGUUGUUCAAGCCAGAGACACGCAGCCUCAAAGACCCAGAGCAGGUGGAGAAUCUGCAGGACCAGUCUCAGGUGUUGUUGGGUCAGCACAUCCAUUCAGCGUACCCCGGCCAAAGUGCCAGGUUUGGGAGACUGUUACUUCUGCUGCCAUCCCUUCACUUUGUGAGCUCAGAGAAAAUAGAGCAGCUGUUCUUCCACAGGACCAUUGGCAGCACACCCAUGGAGAAGCUGUUGUGUGACAUGUUCAAAAACUAA